AUGAGAGGACUGAUGUUAAUAUUUAUAGAAUUCUGUAAAGUAGAUACUAAUUCAUAAAUCUAUCUAAUUUUUAAGAUUAAUUAGACUUCUUAACUUUCUUGUGGAUUUCAGAUUUAUCAUUCUUCUAACAUCUACUCAAAGAGUACUUGCUGCAACUCUUUUACCAACCUGUUAAAGAAUGAGUAUUCAAACAUUUAAGCCUAAUUAAUAUUUGGUUAAUAUUUCUUGAGCUUUCGUUAAAAAGUCUACUGA